AGUUGUGCUGCAGUGCCAUCGGCCGGGAUUUCACGUUCACCAGCUCCUUCGUCAUGGACUUCCUUGAGGGAUUGAGUUUUAUACAUCAUUCGCGGCUGCAUUAUCAUGGCCGAUUGAGUACUUUCAACUGCUGGAUUGACAAGCAUUUUACGCUGAAGCUGAUGCAUGUAGCCACCGACCGCAUCCUCGGCCAGCUUGAAACGGUAGAUAACGUCAUGGAUUGCCUUGGCCCGACGUAUUGCAGCUGGGAACCGCUCUUCUGGUUGGUCCCGAAACUGGACGCGGUCGACCAAUGGGACAGCGCUGUCCGCUCCAUGCAGGCUGUUGAUAUAUUCUCCUCGGGAUUGAUCCUCUACGACAUCCUGACCGCAGGAUCUUUAUACCGCAAAAUGCAGGACAUGCUCGGCACAUCGACAGUCGUCAGUAUGGAGCACACCCUUGAUAAUCCACUGAUUGCUGCGGUGGAUUUUAUGGAGAUCGCCGAACUGGCCAGUGUGAUCCAUAACUGUCUAAGCACGUUUCCCGAAGAUCGGCUGAGUAUCAAGCAGCUGCGCUCCCAACUGCGCGAGUGUUCGCCGCUGCUGGCCCCGGAAAUGAAUCAGUAUAAACUGUUUGAUAAAAUCUACCGCCAAUUGUGUUUGUAUUCCAAUCAGCUGGAGCUGGAGGUUAUCUUGCGGUCCAGAUCGUUGCGGGAUGCUCGUAGGCGCUGUGACGCUAUAGUCAGACAAUAUUUACCAAAGGAAAUAGCGGAUGCCUUGCGUGCUGGACGACUCGUCGUGCCCGAAAUGUUUGACUGCGUGACCAUAAGUUUUACUCAGCUGUAUGGAUUUACCAGUUUGACGCGUGAUGCAUCCCCAGAACAAGUAAUCACCGUGAUUUCCAAAAUCGAAGAUUUUGUCGAUGUUGCGACUGGCGUGUACGAUGUGUACAAAGUCGAGGCUGUAUCUGAUUCUGUGUUGGUCGCCAGUGGAUUACCGAACCGCAUCGGCUCGGAACAUGUGCGGCGAUUGGCCGAUUUCUCCUUGUUACUUCUGCAGUUGCUGCCAUCGCUCAGUCUGCCGGAGGAGCUACACCUAAUGCAAGGACUGCAUUCAGGUUCAUGUGCAGCUGGUGUCGUCGGCGUGAAGAGACCACGUUAUUGCUUAUUUGGUGACACGAUCAAUGUGGCAUCGCGAAUGUGCAGCCAGGGACUGCCGGGACGGAUCCACCUCAGCUGCGCGUCCGCUGCACUGUUGCAUGAAUUUGACGAUCAGGGUUACGUUAUUGAACUUAGAGGCUUGCAACAAAUCAAAGGUCGUGGCGAUAUGCUCACGUACUGGCUGAGUAGAACGUCAUCCGCAACGCCAGUACGCCAUCUUCCCACGUAA